AGGAACAGCUCCUGGCUGCGUUCCGCACGACAUCGGUCAUCGUCUCCAGGUCCUUGACACGGUCGCCGAAGGAUACCCCGUACAGCCCGUCAUGACCCUGGUCGUGUUCUCCCUCCUCGCCUCCUUCGCCGCGCUCGCGUGCGCCAACCCGGUAGCGCGGAACAUGGUCGUGCACGAGGCCCGCGCAUCCGCACCUUCUGGCUUUGUGGCGCAGGGUCCGGCGCCGGCCGACCAGGUGCUGAACCUCCGCAUCGCGUUGAAGCAAGGAGACAUCUCUGGGCUCGAGCAACGCCUCCUCGAGGUCAGCUCUCCCGAGAACGCGGACUUCCGCCAGUGGCUCUCGAAAGAUGACGUCGAGAGUUUCGUCAAGCCCUUGGACGAAACCUCUGCCGCCGUCGCUCAAUGGUUGUCUGAGAAUGGUGUUUCCCCCAAAGCCAUUACGCCUUCCGGGGACUGGCUGCAGUUCAGUGUCCCGGUCAGCAAAGCAAACGAGAUGCUCGAGGCAGACUUUUCCGUGUUCACGCAUCAAGCCACCGGAAGUCAAUCUAUCCGCACGCUGGCGUAUUCCAUUCCAGCCAACCUGCAGGAACACGUGGAACUCAUCCAUCCUACCACUUCGUUCUCCAAGAAGCGCAGCGGACCGGUCAUUUCCUUCCCAAACUCGCUGCCCAAGUCGCAGACCGAUGCAAUCAUAUCCGACGCAACCGUUCCCAACUCAUGCAACACGUCGAUCACUCCCGCGUGUUUGCAGGCAUUGUACGGUAUCCCUACAACUAUAGUCACGGAUACGGAUAGUCAGAUAGGCGUCACGGGCAUGGACAACCAAUUUGCGAACAUGGCGGAUCUGGCUACAUUCCUAGGCACCUUCCGCCCCGACCUUCCCAAGACAACGACUUUCGCGCUGACCUCCGUCGACAAUGGCGUGAACACCCAGACGUUGAGCAAAGCCGGCGUUGAAGCCGACCUGGACAUUCAGUACACCGUCGGUCUGGCUUCGGGCAUUCCCACUACCUUUAUCACAGUGGGAGAACACACCCAGGAUGGAGACGACGAGGGCUUCCUGGACAUCAUCAAUGCAUUGCUGGCAGAGCAAGCUCCUCCGCAAGUGUUUACCACAUCGUACGGUUUCGACACAGAAGCGGAAUUGUCCAAGUCCUUGACUGUAGCCAUGUGCAAUUCAUACAUGCAGUUAACGGCGCGCGGUGUGUCCAUCUUGUUUGCUUCCGGUGACGGUGGUGUUGCCGCCACUCCCGGAGAAAAGUGCAGCGCAACUUUCCUGGCUACAUUCCCUACGUGUCCUUUUGCGACCCUUGUCGGCGCCACCGAGAACGUGAACCCGGAGCGCGGAGCCGAGCUUUCCGCCGGAGGGUUCUCUAACUACUUCGCACAGCCCUCCUACCAGUCGACGGCGGUGGAGAGCUACCUGACCAAGCUCGGCUCCGAAUUUUCCGGCAAGUUCAACCGUUCUGGACGUGCCUAUCCCGACGUAGCGGCUCAGGGUCAAAGGGUCGAGAUUGUUGUUUCAGGAAAGACCGGACUGGUUGCUGGCACUUCGUGCUCAUCGCCUAUCUUCGCGUCGGUCAUCGCUCUUCUGAACGAUGAGCUAUUGAAAGCCGGAAAGCCGGUGCUUGGCUUCCUGAAUCCGUGGGCCUACGCUAACCCGCAAGCGUUCAAUGACAUCACCACUGGAAAUAACCCUGGCUGCGGGACCACCGGGUUCCCCGCGACGGCAGGUUGGGAUCCGGUCACGGGCCUCGGUACGCCCAACUACGCGGCGAUGCGGACAGCUGCUGGGCUGUAAUAUAGACGAAUGCUGCCGCUGUUCUCCCGCACUAGCAGAGAUGUCCAUAAGUUGUGCAAAAGCCAAACAGAAGAAGACUGCGUGCUCUACUUGGCGCGCGCCCGUUGCGAC